AUGGCAUGUUACAAGGAAGAAUUGUUCGGUCCCGUUUUGGUCUGCCUUUCCGUAGACACCCUAGAAAAGGCCGUACAGCUUCUUAACGCAAAUGAGUAUGGCAAUGGGGUAUCUAUUUUUACCGAAUCGGGAUCAUCAGCUGCAUACUUUCAAAAGAAUGUCGAAGCAGGACAAGUUGGUAUCAAUGUUGUAAUCCUAGUCCGGCUUCCCAUGUUCUCAUUCACUGGGAAUAAAAAGAUCAUCGCAGGCUGGCAUUUUACGCGCAGAAAAAGACAGUCACAAGCCUUUGACGCCGAGAAAAUACUGACUCUGGAAAUCAGGUUAUCAUGCCGUCUCAUCUGUAAAAGCACGUAUUACAAACGUAUUACUCUUACGAAGACGGAAGAUCUAUCAAAUAGCUAUAUUAUUCUUGAGAGACACACGCUUGCAGAUGUCACACCGAAAUUCUAUGUGGAGAGCAAACCUGAUGAACUUCUGUGUCAACCACUAUAUACCGUAUCUAUGUCGUGCCCCGCGUUCGAUCUCGGCGGAGUACCGGAGCCACAACCAACAAGACAACUUAAAGAAUGCGGUGUGCGGGCCACAAGUCAUAACACUGUCUUUCCGGCAAACUAUACCGACUGGCCAAAUUUAAAUCCAUGCCUGCUAAAUGUCUGUUGCGACGUAUGGGGACAGUGUGGCAUUACAUCGGAUUUUUGCACCCCCAGUUCGUCCGUUACUGGCGCACCAGGGACUGCGGCUCCUGGUAGCAAUGGAUGUAUAUCCAACUGUGGGACCGAGAUCGUUGCAUCUCAGCCUCCAGCAAAGUUUGCUCUCAUGGGAUAUUAUGAAAAUUUUAACAACGAGAGUACACCUGUGCACUCUGCCUUUGCCAAUAUUACCAGUGACUACGACGUCCGCAUUGAGGGGGGCACUGAUGUCUUUCAAGAAUUUACAGUAACCGAGGGAUUCGACAGGAUUGUGUCAUUCAGAGGUUGGACAUUUUCGACAGACCCGUCAACGUUCCCAAUAUUCUGA